AUGUUUCUUCUCUUCUGCAUCGACCUCAGCAGAAUAGCAGAUGCUCGUGGGCAACUCGCCAGAUUCUGGAUAUUCAUGUAUCGAGUCUCGCCCCUCACGUACCUGCUGGAGGGGCUCGCGGUGGCCGGCCUAGCCGACAUAGAUCUGACCUGCUCCUCAACCGAGGUGCAGAGCAUACCCGUGGCAAACAACUCUCUCGGACUCACAUAUGGCGAGUACCUGUCCGCGUUGGUCCGCGACUCCGGGGGGCGAGUGCUGAACCCUUCUGAUGCGGCUGAGAGUCACUACUGCCCCGUGGCGAGCGUCAACACCAUACUGGAGAGCUAUGGGAUGGGCCUGGACCAUACGUGGAGAAACGUCGGGCUCUUGGUUGUUUAUGUCGUUGCGAACAUACUGGCAACGUUUGGGUUUUACUGGCUUAGGUUGUCGUCCAAGAAGAAGGCGGGAGGAGAGUGA